AUGUCCGGGGCCUGCUCGGGCUCCAGCCGGGGCCGGAGCCUGCUGAUGCUGACCACCGCGCUCCUGCUGUCGCUCACCGGGCUCCUGUCCGGGCUGCCCGGCUCCACCGAGGCGAAGGACUGCGACAAGCCGUGCAUGAACGGCCAGUGCAACGCGGCCAGCGGCAGCUGUGUGUGCUUCCCCGGCUGGGUCGGGGACCAGUGCCAGCACUGCGGAGGGAGAUUCAGGCUGACGGGGCCGAACGGCAGCCUGAGUGACGGACAAGGAAACUACAAGUACAAGACCAAGUGCACGUGGCUCAUCGAGGGGAAGCCCAACACCGUACUGAGACUGAGGUUCAACCACUUUGCCACCGAGUGCAGCUGGGACCACCUGUACGUGUACGACGGGGACUCCAUCUACGCCCCCCUGCUGGCUGCCUUCAGUGGUCUCAUUGUCCCUGAGCGCUAUGGGAAUGAGACGGUUCCAGAGGUGGUGUCCCAGUCCGGCUUCGCCCUGCUGCACUUCUUCAGUGAUGCUGCCUACAACCUCACCGGCUUCAACAUCUCCUACAGGGUGAAUUCCUGUCCCAACAACUGCUCGGGCCACGGCGAGUGCCGCGUGGGGAACUCCAGCUCUUCGGUGCUCUGCGAGUGUGAAGCCAACUGGAAGGGAGAGGCCUGCGACGUGCCGUACUGCCUGGCCGACUGCGGCUCCCCCGAGCGAGGCCGCUGCCAGGACCAGGCCUGCGUCUGCAGCACGGGAUGGCAAGCUCCAGACUGCUCCGUCUCAUCUCCUGCUAACUCCUCCUUCUGGACCCGGGAGGAGUUCACCGAGGCCGGGCUGGCGAAGGCCGCCCACAAGGCCGUGGUGGACCAGGGCAUCAUGUGGGUCAUCGGGGGUUACGUCUUCAACGCCUCGGACUAUCACGUGGUCAAAGCGUUCAACCUCAGCAGCAAGAGGUGGCUGAGCCUGGAGCCCUCCGUCCACACGGUCACGCCUCGAUACGGCCACUCGCUGGCUCUGCACGAGGGAAAGAUCUUCAUGUACGGAGGAAAGAUCGACUCCUCGGGGAACGUGUCCAGCCAGCUCUGGGUUUUCUACAUCCAGAACCAGACCUGGGUCCUCCUGACCCCCCGGGCCAAGGAGCAGUAUGCCGUGGUGGGACACUCCGCCCACAUUGUGCCUCCCUCCCAGGAGGGGGGCGACCCCAUCAUGCUGGUUCUGUUCGGACACUGUCCUCUGUACGGCUACAUCAGCCAGGUCCAGGAGUACAACAUCGCCAAGAACACGUGGAGCAUGGUGUCCACGGACGGGGCUCUGGUCCAGGGCGGCUACGGCCACAGCAGCGUCUUCGACCCGGGCACCAGAGGCAUCUACAUCCACGGCGGCUACAAGGCCUUCAGCGCCACCAAGUACGGCUUGGCUGGAGACCUGUACAAGUUCGACGUGGACAAGAGGAAGUGGACCAUCCUGAGAGACAGCGGCUUCUUCCGGUACCUCCACACGGCAGUGAUCGUGAGCGGGGCCAUGCUGGUGUUCGGAGGAAACACACACAAUGACACGUCCAUGAGCCACGGCGCCAAGUGCUUCUCCUCCGACUUCCUGGCCUACAGUCUGGCGUGUGAUGAGUGGACGGUGCUGCCUCGACCGGACCUCUACAAUGACGUCAACCGCUUCGGGCACUCGGCGGUCUUCAGCGACAGUGUGAUGUACGUGUUCGGCGGCUUCAACAGCCUGCUGCUCAGCGACGUCCUCAUGUACACCUCGCCCAGCUGCUCGGCCUUCCCCAGCCAGGCGGCCUGCAGCCAGGCCUGGCCGGGGAUCCACUGCGUCUGGAACGGCACCGAGGGGACCUGCCUCCCCUGGGAGAGCAGUGGACCUGAGCUCCAGCAGCUCCCGGCCUCCUGCAACACACGAUCAUAUGUGGACAGCGAGAGGUGCGACCAGUACACGGACUGCUACAGCUGCACGGCCAACACCAACGGCUGCCAGUGGUGCUCCACCCAGUGCGUCUCUCUGGGAAGCAACUGCACCGCUGCAUCGGGGUCAAUAGGGGAGUUUGAUGUCUGCCCCCGGGACAAUCCCUCCUUCGUGUGCAACAAGAAAACCAGCUGCAAGAGCUGCGCUGUGGACCAGAACUGUCAGUGGGAUCCUCGCAACCAGGAGUGCAUCUCACUGCCAGAAAACGUGUGUGGUGAAACCUGGCACCUGGUCGGCAACUCCUGCCUGAAGUUCAUCACGGCCAAGGACUCGUACGACAACGCCAAGCUGGCCUGCAGGAGCCACAACGCCGUGCUGGCCUCGCUCACCACCCAGAAGAAGGUGGACUUUGUGCUGAAGGAGCUGCAGAUCAUGAGCAUGGUGUACAAGGCCUCGGUGACGCCCUGGGUGGGGCUGAGGAAGAUCAACGUGUCGUACUGGUGCUGGGAGGACAUGUCGCCCUUCACCAACACCUCCCUGCAGUGGCUGCCCGGGGAGCCCAGCGACGCCGGCUUCUGCGGCUACCUGGCCGAGCCGGCGGCCAGCGGCCUGAAGGCUCAGACCUGCAUCAACCCGGUGAACGGCAGCAUGUGUGAACGACCGGCCAACCACAGCGCCAAGCAGUGCCGGACGCCGUGCGCCCUGAGGACCACGUGCAGCGAGUGCACCAGCAGCAGCAGCUCCGAGUGCAUGUGGUGCAGCAACAUGAAGCAGUGCGUGGACUCCAACGCCUACGUGGCCUCCUUCCCCUUCGGCCAGUGCAUGGAGUGGUACACCAUGAGCUCCUGUCCACCGGAGAACUGCUCUGGGUACAGAACGUGUGACCACUGCCUGGACCAGCCGGGCUGUGGUUGGUGCACCGAUCCCAGUAACACGGGGAAAGGCCAGUGCAUCGAGGGCUCGUACCGCGGGCCCUUCCAGACGUCCGUCCCGGCGCCGUCCACCCUGCCCGGUCUGCUCACCAGCUCCCAGCCGGCCCUCAACGCCAGCAUGUGUCCCAGUGGGGACAAGUACAACUGGUCCUUCAUCCACUGCCCAGCUUGUCAGUGUAAUGGUCACAGUCAGUGCCUCAACGAGAGCGUGUGUGAGAAGUGCGAGGACCUGACGAGCGGCCGUCACUGCGAGAGCUGCAUCUCCGGCUUCUACGGGGAUCCGACCAACGGGGGCAGCUGCCAGCCCUGCAAGUGUAACGGCCACGCCAGCAUGUGCAGCCCCAACAGCGGCAAGUGCUUCUGCACCACCAAGGGCAUCAAAGGAGACCGCUGCCACCUGUGUGAAGUGGAGAACCGUUACCAAGGCAACCCCCUCAAAGGAACAUGCUACUACACGCUCCUCAUCGACUACCAGUUCACCUUCAGCCUGUCGCAGGAGGACGACCGCUACUACACCGCCAUCAACUUCGUGGCCACGCCUGAGGAGGUACCCCAAACCGGAGAUCUGGACAUGUUUAUAAACGCCUCCAAGAACUUCAACCUGAACAUCACCUGGGCCACGAGCUUCAGUGCAGGAACUCAGACCGGCGAGGAGAUCCCCAUCGUGUCCCGGAGCAACAUCAAAGAGUUCAAAGACAGCUUCUCCAACGAGAACUUUGAUUUCCGCAACAGCCCGAACAUCACGUUCUUCGUCUACGUGAGCAACUUCACGUGGCCCAUCAAGAUCCAG